AUGGGAAAGGGAGUGUGCGCAUACCUGAUCGAGGAUGCCAUGCUGAUGUUCGACAAGCAAACCAACAGGCACAGAGGUUUCGGCUUCGUCACGUUUCAAAGCGAAGACGUCGUCGACAAAGUGUGCGAAAUUCAUUUCCACGAGAUCAACAACAAAAUGGUUGAAUGCAAGAAAGCGCAGCCAAAAGAAGUGAUGCUACCUGCGAACCUGGCGAAGACGCGGGCAGCCGGCCGAGGUGCUUACGAUUUCAUGUGGUCCCUGGGAGCACUACCAGAAGGUUUCCCAGCGGCGUACGCGGCAUACGCGGCGGGCCGCGGCUACUCCAGCUACCCGAGCUUCGGACUCCCGUACCCAACAGGAGCGGUUGUAUACCGCGCAGUGGGACCAAGGGUAGGCCGAAUGUCUGUUAGCUCCAACGGGGGUUGCACCGUGGAUCUUACCAAUGGGCAACUCACUCCUAACAACAACACACCCUUGCUAACGCAAGCACUUUCUGUGAUGAACAACUAUCAGGCGGCAGCGCAGGCCGGCUUCCCGCCGGCGUCGCCCCAUGGAGCCGGUGGCCACGGCGGUCCUCAGGGCCGCUCUUUCCCGGCGGCUAAUUCACCUGGACCCAUCGACAUGUACAGUUCGAGCGCUGCUGCAGCAGCGGCCGCAGCUGCCGCGGAUUCGGCGGUCGCGAGCUACGUUCAGGCGGCUGCGAGCCCGCAACCGCCCACCACCGCCUUCCCAGCGAUUGCAGUUUCGCGAGCUCCGCUUAAUUACAGUCCCGGUCCUCUGAUACCAGCGGCAUUCACUAACGGCUACCAUUGAGCCUUGAUACGACCUAACAUCAGAAUGGACGAGAGGGCAGAGCGCAACAUGGUCAACUGACGGCAUUACAUUUCAAGCGAGACGUGACUAACGGCUCGCGAAUAAAUAAACAAAAACAAUUACAUACACACAUAUACUUCGCGAGGAGCCCACAACGGGAUCUGGUUUGUAAUGAUGGAGACGGUCGCAGGAUACGAGAAUGAACGAACCAUCGAGUCAGAAGUGGAGAAUGAUACGAAGGUCAGGAUCAAAAAAAGGCUGGAAGCGAUUUUAUUAUGAACCUGGAAAAAUACGUAAUAAGAGAGAAUUUUUUGUGAAAAAUAAAUUUUUAAUUUUCUUAAAAGUAACCACGACCCGUUGAUCGAGAUAUAUACGUGGAUAAUUGCGAAAAUAAAUAAGGCCGAGAAGAUAUCAAAAGCGAGAUGAGAAACGGUGAUAUUCGGCACACAAAAUGAAGGUAUUUGUGCCGAGAAAGCGAACAAUUAUUUAUCGCUGAACGAUUUAAUCGUUUUUGUAUCAGAGAAAAAUAUGGUAUGAGACUAUUGAUAAGUUUAUGCAAAUCAACAAUUAUUGUUGACUGCAGGACUGGUUUCACGCAGAGAAAUAUGAUCGGAAGUAAAUUUCUCCACCGCGACCGAAUCUGCAAUUUGGCGCUAGCCCGUUCUCCGACAUUAAUAAUUAAUACUAGUAAUAAUAUAAUAAUGAAUUAAAUAAUAAUGAUUAAAAUAAUAAUGAAUUAAAUAAUGAUAACAAUUAUUACUAAUCGCUAAAUAGAUAAGCGGCUAAUUAUAUGAUGCGUAUGUGAAUAUAUAUUUGACGGAAAAUAUUAAAGAAGUUUUUAAAUAUAUACGCAUAUACCGGUGAAUCACAAAUGGUAACAGAACAACAAAUUAAUUAAAUAAUUCAUAAAUAUACUUAGUGAUUAAGCGGAAGAUAAAUAAAUAACUUGGAAAAAUGACAAAAUCCGCAAAAAAUGUAAUCAUUGUAUUUAACAUUACAAAUGAGGAGGAUCGUUUUUAAAAGUAUCUAUGAUGAUAGUUGAAAGAAGCACAGACAUCUAGACACGUAUACCCACAUGCAUUCACGCGUCCGUUCACGCCCAAAAUAUAGGUCCUAAUGUUUGACGUUUUUUGUGCAAUUAAUAUGUAACGUUAAACACAAUUAAUGGGCCCGCAUACAGGAAAAUAAUUGACAUAAGUAUGGAGAGGGGUAAAAUCAACUAUUAUAAUAGUUGAAAAAAUAUAAGAUUUUGAAUGAUAUAAUGCAAUUCAUAGUUGUCAAAUAAAACUUAAAAAUUGGCAAUUACAAAUUACAUUAUAGAAAGUCUGAAACGUUUGAUAAGAUAGGUAUGAUAACGAAUCAAUCAUUUAAAAAAAAAUUAGUAUAUUAGUGGAAUGUAAAAAGAAAUUGAAAUAUUCAUGCAAUAUAAAGCUGAGACCUUUCAGCGGACCCCUCUCCACGUAUACACGGUUAAGAUCUUGAUCCUGCACAUUUUAAUACUACAUAAGUGUCAUAAGUUUCUUACACAACUAUCAAUACUAUGAUAAGGAUGGUAUAAGAGUUAUUAAAAGAAUCAUUUUUAUCGUGUUAUUUUUAACGAAUUUUUGUCAUUUUUACUGUAAAAAUAAAUUAAUGUUUGUUUAUUUUAAGUUAUUUUUUAACUUGAACUUUAAACGCGUUACAAUCAAAUGUGACGCUGAGGAAGAGUUAACAAAUGCAAGGAUCUUAAUGAAGAUAAGAAUACUAUGAUAAUAGUAUUUUUUAUGAUAAUAGAAAAGUGAUAGGGAUAUUAUCGAGAUAUGUUAUUUCAUCGUUUGAAUGAAAUGCAAGAGUAGAAAGUUCAACAUAACGGAACAGACCAAAAUUAAAGAACGAAGUAAAAUAUUAAAUUCCACCCAGUAAAAUAUGCGAAAUCGAUAAGAAUUAAAAAAAUUUCUCGCUAAUAUUGCUUGAUUAACUAAAUGUUCAAAUUUAGAACAUUUUCCACUGCAUAUUUUAUGCAUUAGCGGGGAAUUCUAAAUUUGACGGAAAAUUUCAUGGAGAGUACGGGCGAAGAAAUUUUUUAAAUGUGUGAUAAUAAUGAUGUGGAUUGUAAAUUUAUCGUGUGCGACAAUUACAUACAGUUUGGAGAUUAGAAUUCUAAGAAAUUAGGUAUUUGAUAUUUGAAAAAUAUGGUAAUGAAUUGGGCGUGAAAGUGAUUGAACUUUUUCGUUCUUAUGCAAUAACUGUUUAUUACUAAUAUUAUUAUUAUUGACAUUUAUUAUAAUUACUAUUGAGAGUUGAAAAUGAGCAUUAUCGCGAUGAAUCUAUGAAUAAGUAAAUUAAUGAAUUAUGAUGAUUAAAAUAUGAUUAUAAUUAUAUUCAGAGACAGGGUAAACAAAACUAGAACAAUUUCCAGGAUAUGUACUUUUUUGAAUAGCGACCAUUUCGUUCUUCCUGCAAAUAUAGAUUUUUAUUAAUAAAAGUAACAGAUAUGCAAUAAAAUGUCAAUUUCUUGUAAAAGCCUAAAAACACAAGGUAAACAAAAAGUAGUCGUGAGCCAACUUAAUGUAGAUAUUAAAUUCCCGUUAUAGUUUAAAUUUAAUUCUACAUUCAACAGAAAUAUAUGCCGCUGAAUGUAAUGAACCGUAUUUAACAUUUAGGAAAAACCAAUCAAAUUGGAUACAUUUUUUCGAUAGUUGGGAUAGUCAGGCUCUAUACAGCAAAGUUAAUUGUUUACUCAAGGAAAAACGAAAUGGAAUGCUACAACAGUACAUCCUAAUUUUAACAAUAAAUUCUUGUAAAAAAUUGUAUGUAUUGAACCAAUUGUGGUAUCCAGCAAUAUCUUUGCAAUUAUAAGAAUGCGGUGAAUAAAAAAAUAUUGAAUUGCAUUGUACGAGCAAAAAAUUCAGUAAACAAAUGCAAACUUAUGAUGCGUUUAAACGUCGUAGCGUUUCAAUUUACGAUUUUUUCCGACACGAAUGCAUAUUGCCAGUCUUCUCUCAGAUAAUGUUGAAUAUUUUUACAAAUCAGUUUAGAUGGUUAGAUUUUAUAUGAUUUAGGUUUGAAUUGAUUUGAUAAAAAUUUAUUAUCGCAGUGUCGAUAAACACGGUUACUUAAAAGUCAAAUGUGUAAGUCAUUGUACAUUUGAAAGUUUGUUAAUGAAAAUAAAGGAAAUGUGCGUUAUAGUGAAUAACAUAUAGCAACAUGGUAAGAUACCAAAAUCUGAAGAUAAAACACCAGUUAAUUUAAAAAUUUUUAUCAGUAACACAAGAUGAAUACCAGUCGUAGAAAUAUAGAGCCUAUAAGAUUGAAGUAAAAACUAGAAUAGGAAAAAUCAACUAAAAUGGCAAUAAGAAUAAUCAUGCAUACGACUUGAAUAACGAAGCAUAAAUGCAAUGAUAAAAGCAAAAUGAAAAUGUCAAAAAAUGUUAAAAAGAUUAAAGUAACUAUCUUGAUUUUUUCUCUUCUCCGUCUCUAUGAUAUUUGAUUUUAAUCCCAUCACAUGUAAUAAAAAAAAACAUUUUUUUAAUAAAACUUCCAAUAUAUUAAUAUACUGUUUAAGAAAGAACUGUUUCAACACGAUUUAAAAAUAAAUGAUAGAUAUAAGAAGGGUAAAAUGAUCAAGCCAGAAAUAUAUCGGGCGUUGAGUACAAGAUACGUCUUCAUUAAAAAAAGUCGUCCAAGAUCCUCCUGUAAAAUCAACAGAAAUAUAGAUAAAAAUAUAUAAAUAUAUAAAAAUAUAUGUAUACAUUUACAUUUCGGUAAAUAAGGACAAUUGAAUAAUAAUGAAAACAAGGAUGUUAUAAAAGAUGGCAAAUACAAUGGAACUUUUAAAAUAUAAACAAAACUAUUGAGAAAUUCCACUGAAGUUAAUGAACAAAAAAGCGUAAAAAUGAAAAACUGAAAUUAGUAUGGCUGAAGUUCACGCGUUUAUAAAUAAUGAUGAAAUAUUAUACUCAAUAAUCUACAUCUAGUACAUAUACGAGCGUAUACAUAUAUAAAUAUAAAAAAUUAUAAGAAAACAAAAAUAUAUAUGGUUCUUGUCUAAGACGAAUAAAUUUAAUAAACAACCAUGGCAAAGAUGAAUAAAAUAUUGCAAAAUUGUUUUAUGCAUUUGUAUAUAAUUAUUGAUGUUUUAAAGCUAAUAUGCUAUUAUACUGUAAUUUAAUUAUCAAACAUUCAAUCACACACGAAAAACACUUAAAUAAAAAUGCAGUAAGAAAAGAACGCUAGAAAUUAUGUGAGUUUGGUGACAGGACUCGUCAAGCGGUGUUAGCAAACCUCUUUUGAAAACUCUUUUUUUACGGAAAUAUUAAAAAAUAUAAUUAUUAAAUUAUGUAAUGAGUAGAAAAACAAAAAGCAUGAGUUCUACCACUUGAUGUCGAAUCUCACCUAUUUCUCACUACAGUAUAUAUACAUAUAUAAAUAUACAUUAUAGUAUGAACACACACACACACACACACAGACACACAUAUAUGAAAGGCUCAAUAAAAGUUAUUGCAAACAUACUGAUGACGGAAUGGAUAGAAUAAAAUUUACUUUACAAAAAUAAUAACUAAAUUUAUGUAGUUAUCAUUACUGAUUUUUUGUGCUCAAAAUUAUUGCACGUAUUGUAAAAAAAAUUUACAGUGACUUUGUAUAGUCCUGAAAAAAGAUCAUAACAUUUUUUAGUUACAAUUUAUGCAGAUAAGAAUAAUUAAGAAAAUGAAGUUUUCUGAUCGAUUAUGUUAGAUUAUUAAUUUAAUGUAUUUAUGUAAUGCAAAAAUGUUAAUGAUACCUUCCACAAGUGAAAAAUGCUCAACGGGCAAUAAAUACAUCAUCUAUAAUGACACUGUAAUUCUGAAUAUUAAUCAAUUUGUAUGCCCUGUCCAGCGAAGGUUCUCGAUUUAAAAAAAACCUAUAAAUUAAGGAAAAGAACUUUUUAUAAUACGUUUUGACUAGUUCAAUACGUAAUUUAUUAAAAAUCUACAAAUGAAAAAGCAAUAUUAAAAAUAUUUUUUAUCGGGUCGCGAUCCUACUAAUCUUGCUUGUCAUGACCAGUCAAUAUUAUGGAAUCAAAUUUGUGCAGGAUUUUUAAAUGAAAAAGGGCUUGAAUGAUAAAAAUUUUAUAGAUAGGUAAAGUACACUGUCGUAUAAAUCAGUAUAGUAAUUAUUUUAUAACUUUGCAUAAUGGGACAUUGUUCAGAAAUUAUGCAUGCAAAUAAUAUAAGUUCACGAAUACGAAAAUAAUAAGUUUAUUUAGUAUUCGUUGACAUAUGCCGUUAAGAAAACUGAUAAAACUGAUUGUCUUUUUUAAUGUGAACUUUUGCACUAGGUAUUAUUUUGUCUAUUUGAAAAAGAAAAUAACCAUAAUUUUGACAUUUAAUUUAUAUGUUCUAAAUAUUUCACCGAUCUGAAUUCAGGAUGCUGCAGUACCAAGCUGAUUUAUAUCACAAUCAAGAAUACUAAUAUUUAUUAGAUUCAUUUAAAAAUUUUGAUAAAAUAUCAAAUUUUAAGAAUAUUAACGAUCGGCCUCUUGAAUGAAUACAUGUAACAUUACGUGAACUUGUAUAGAAAUACAUUGAGUAUAUUUCAAUAUCUGAGCACUUUCCAAUUUUGUAUGUUGGCCAAUAUACUUCCAUCACAUAAUCGAUCCGACACUGUCGAUCAUUCAAAAAAAUGAAUUAAAAUAAAAGCUAAAGAAAUUUACCGCAUAUAGUCCUUGAAUCGAAUUUGAUGUAAUAAAGUUAGGAAACGUCUAGAUUAGUUUGAAACAGAGAAAGAAAAUAAUGAACAAUAUUCCAAGUCGGGCAAACAAUGCGAUAUAUCAUGUGUAAUGUUAAUUUUUUUACUUAUGUUUGUUUUCUUGUAUGCAAAACCAAGAAUGAGAAUGAAAGCCUUUUUCAAGAAUUGACUACAUACACAAAAGGUAAUCAUCAAAGUAGGACAAUUAUUAUUGAAGGUGAAGAGAAAAGUGGACUAAAAGAGAAAACGUAGCUAGAUAGGUACUUUUUUUGACAAUUCGCAAGCGCGUCACUAAAAGACCGCACUAUUUAAUAAUUAUAUUAUUAUUAUUUGUCGUUGAAACUUUUCCAACACUAUAAAAUACGUCAUACGUAUUUCUGUGAGGAAUAUUAUUAUUUUAUCCUAAGACUUUAACUGAUAAACUAUCUUUAUGAUUUUCAGUUUUAUUCUUGUUAAACUCUAGUUAUUUUCAAUUGAUUUAUUCAACAAACUUAAGAAUUACGAUAAUUUCUUAAUAGCUAUUUACCCGUAAUUCUAAAAAGAAUACUAUUCACUUAUCUUUGAUAUACAUUUAAAUCAUAAUUAUAAUCAUCAUUAUCUCGUCAUUAUUUAAAUCAUUUUUGUACAUCUUUUUAAAAUGCGUUUAUUGUAUUAAUUAGAGCUCAUUUAAAGCUCAUUUUAGACACAGUCCCGAUCUCGAAAAGAUAAUUUUAGUUCCUCAUGAUUGCAAAAAAAUUAAUGAAAUAAUUAAAGAAUAUAGGAUUGCACAUGAGAGACACAUGAGAGUUAAAUGUUUUUUAAACAUCGUUUAUACACUAAUUUAAUACGACUCGUGAUAAUUAAUUGAACGUAUAAUAUUUUGUCAUUAAGAAACUGAAAGUCAAAAUUAUUACGAUUAUCUGAUUAUGACAAGGUUCAUUUUGUACAGAUUCCGAUUACAUGUGAUUUGACUGGACAGGAAUUUUCUAUUUGAUUUAUUUAAAAUAGUGCUUUUCUCUUAAACACGAGAAAUAAAAUAUUAUUUUAAAAAAUAAAAUAUUAUCUGACAUUAUAUUUUUUUACCAAAAAAUUAACGAUUAAUUUGUAUAAAAUAUUCUAUAUGAAAUAAUCGUACAUUUGAUCAGUUUUUAUUAAUGAACAAAAUUUUAUACAUGUAAUUCUUUCAAAUAUUUAUUUAUUCCUGCAAAAAUCUUAUUUUUAAUAAAUACUAUUUAAGUUUUCUGUUUAAUUAAAACAAAAUUUAAAAAAUUUAAAAGCUUGUGUGUAAUUAGAUCAUGUAAAGUGAAUAUCUGAAAGAAAUGAACCUGGCCGUUUUCACAGAUUAAUUAUCUUCUGCUUGUAAUGAAAUUUUCUAUACUUUGAACAGAAUAUAUUAAAAUUUUUCUGUCCGCAUUUUUAAGUUGUUUUUGUGACAAAUUAACAAACAUGUCGAUGAAAUAGUGCGUUUAACGUGAUGGAAUGCAUGUACAUAUUUACUGCGUGGAUAAUAAACAGAAGUACCGGGAAGAAAGUGAGAGAAAAUAUAGAUAGUUAAAAAAGUGAUUAAAAAUAAGAGAAAAAAUGUAAAGGAAUGCGAAAAGAGUGAUAUAAUUCACAGUGUUACGAAAUAUAGAAAAAAGUAGCGAUUUAAAUGAUUUUUUUGUACAUACAUCUCCACGAUGUUACUAUAUAUUUUUUUUUAAAUUACCGUAAUCUUUGUUAAAUCGGAAGUCAUAUGCUUUUUAUCAUUUGAGAAGUUGUUGGAACUUAUGCAAUAUAUAAGAGCAUAUAACGCCUGUCACUCGGUUUAAAAAAAUUGCCAUCAAAAUAUCAUUAUAUAGCUUGGGCGCAAAAUACUAAUUAUGAAUAAGAUUCUUUAUUGUAUACAAUAAAAAAAUAAUUGUUUUAAAAAAGUUGAAAAAAUGUGUUUUUACAAAACCGUAAUAUUAAAAUAUAGAUAUUGUAAAUUAUUUGUGUUCAUUCUUAGUCUUUUUUUAUUUGUGAAAUUAAUAACACAUCAGUAAUUGUUCCGUUUUUAAACGAGUGUUCAUUCAUGAUUUUUUAUAAUUUAUUUCUUAUUUUUUAUGAACCUUUAUGAAUCAUUCUAAAUUCACUAUAUACCGCAUAUAGCUAUUUCUGUACAAGCGCAAAAAUAGGAUUUAAAAUAAAUUUGCAUACAUUUGUCAAUCAAACAAAGUGGUUGUUUACUUCUUUUAUAGAAUCCGUAUGUUAAUUCGUCUGAUUAUAAUAAAUUUAUCAUUUGAAACAUUUAUUAACAAAACUUUGUUAGAAAUAUUUUUUAAUUGACCUAAAAUUAGUUAACUUUGCACAGACACAGAUUGGAAAUGUUUCACUUGCAAAUGUCAAACCAAAGCAAUAUUAAUUUGAUAGUUUUAUAAUUUUUACUGAGUUAAGUAAUGAGACACUUUUAACUUUCCACUAUAUACAUAAUUAUGUAAUAUCGAAAAGAAAGGAAAUUUUAAAAGCCUAAUAAGAAUUAAUAGUCAAUUAAAUACUCAAAUAAAUAACAAAGCUGAUAUAAACGAAUGAAAAUGGAUAACGACUGUUUAGAUCUUUGAUAAAAAUAUAUUUUGAUUGUCAAUUUUAUGUUUAUUUGCGUAUAAUACUGAUAUUAAAGUUAAUAUUAUAAUUCAAUUUGAUUAAUUUUGACUUUUAACAUAUCAAACUGAUCUACUAGAUCAAUCAUUAAUUGUACUGUGUAAACUGUGUAAUGUGAGCAGGUAUCAAAGUGUUGGUGGACUUUGUUCUGCAUUUCUACGAAAUUAGUACAUUAUUAACCAAGGGAGUGAAAGUAUUGGCAAAACCAUAACACGUGUAAAUUAACUACCAAGGCGAAGCCGAGUGUGUUAAAUACGUGCUAGGAGCUUGCUGUUUUCAUUUCCGUGAUUAAUAUACUAUUUUUUGCCUGUAGCGCGUAAAAUGCACAUUGUAAAACCUGAUACCUAGGUUUCAAAACACACUUUACGCGCAGUAGGCUAAAAAAACAAAAUCGUUCAUAUGAUUUUUUUUCAAAAGGGUCAAAAUAUUCGUCAAAAAAAUUCUGCAUUAUUUAUCGUUUAUCCAAAAAAUAAUAUAAAUUUAAAAUACUGAUUUUUUAAGACUAGUAUUGCAACUAAUUUUAUGAAUUUAUAAUUAUAAUGAAAGUUGUUUUCAUCUGAUUCACUGAUUUGCUUGAAAUAUACCAUAAAUUUAUAAUAUUGUUCUAUAAAAUAUAAUUAUUCAAGUAUCAUCAGAAUCACGCGUGCAAUAAUCAGACUUAGAGAAUAUAGAGUAUGGUGAGAAUAAAAAUCGUUUUUUCAUCAUCUAUUCGAGGGACAUGUAACGUAAUUUGUGAAAAUAUUUGUUCAUUAUAAUGUUUUCAUGCGUAUCUUUUUUCGGAAGUAACUUACAAAAUUGAAGCGAAUAAGUAACAAAAAUGUUGAAUUAAAAAAAAAACUUAGAAAUAAGAGGAAAUGAUGAUUACAAAAUUUAUGAUAUAUGUAUGUCGAUUGGAAUAUGCUCAAAAAAAAGGCAUAGCGAGGAUAUUUGCAAUAUAACAAGCAAUAAAUAGGCUGCUCUCAAUUCAACUGUAUAUUAUAAGUUUAUGUGAAUGCUUAAAUAAGAUUUUUUGAAUUGAACACAAAGAAACGACAAAAUACCAAUUUUACAUCUUCUUACUAAUCAUACAGUAUGAAUAGCUGCAUAUUAAAAAGAAAAUUACGCAAUGCUGUAUCGUGAUCAAUAUGAAAAAAUAGACAUGAUCAUAAUAAACACAUGUUUAACAAAGAAACGGAAGGUAAUCUAAAUCUAAGUACGCAAUGUUUCAAUUUUACACUACUGAUAAUAAUGGCAUAGGUGUAAGCGACAUAUAAAAUACAAUGAUUUAUAAUAAUUAUAAUGCUGUACAGAAUAUUUAUGAAGAGGCCUGCCUUUUAAAAGAUUGCCGAAAGAGAGUCGAUCGAUGGCAAUUUAAGCUUUAUCUAAUAUUGCUACUAUACUUUAUGAAUAAAAUGUGUUUUCAAAUAUUAUUCAACACCAUAUUUUCAACACGUGUAUAAUAUGAUUAUUCUGCGAGAAGUAAAUUCAAUAACACAAAAGAGAAUAUAAGGUAUGAGAAUCCUUAUAACUGUUAAGCAAACGAAUACCAUCAAUUAUCUUUAUUCUUGCGCGAAAUUCGCCUAUUUUAGAUUUUUAAAUUUUAAUGAAAAAUAAAUGAAAAAUAAUAAAUGUUAAAAAGUGCGAGAUUUCUCAUUAUUUUUUAUGAGCGUCGUUUUUUUAUCGGUACACGACUUUCAUUUUGAAAACAGUAGGCCAGACUAUUAGUGGAUGUUUUGUAAAAUAUUGAAAAAGGAAAGAAAAAAAGUAAGGCAAGUAAAUGCAAACUGUUGCAAUUACCCUAAUGUGUGCAAAAAUUGCACCACCAUUUAAAAUGCGACUACUUCAAUAAUGGAGCUGGUGAGAAAUAAUAAAGCGCGUUAGAUGCACAAGACAAGUACCGAGCCGAGUCGUUUUUCAGUAUUAGAUCUAUUCGAUUUUUCAUAAGAAAUUUCGAUAAAAGCGAUAACGGCGUAAAUUCAAUUCGUUAGCGAAAGAAAGAUAGCCGGAGUGCAAGAUAUACGAGAGUGAGAGAGAACGAGAAUGCGUGAGAGAACUUGCGAGGAAGAGAUCAAAAACGUUUAAUAUAUAAAGCAUGAAAUAAAAUCCUCGAAAAUAUAAAAUAUUAAAAAAGAUACAUCAAGUUUCACAUUGAGUUACUUGUAAACAAGGGGGUCGUAAAUUUAAUAAUCAAUUGUGUAUGUAUACAAACAAAAAUAAAUACAAUAUGGCGAUUAUAAAUAUGACACUAAUACAACAAAUAACAAUAUUGUAUCCCUCUGUACAUAUUAAUAUAUAUACUAUAAUAUAAUGAUUAUUAUAUGAUUUAUUAUAUAUACUAUAAAUAUAAUAUAAUAUAAUAUUGUAUGUACAUAUAUAUACAUAUAUAUACACAUAUGUGUAUGUGUAUGAAUAUGUAUUUAUAUAUAAUGAAUUUAUAUUAUUACGUUUAUUAUUGUUUUAAUUGAAACUAUGAUUAUUAUAUUAUCGCGACGACGAAGACGACACGACGAUGAUGAUGAAUAUUAUUAUAAUUAUGAUAUUAUUAAUAUUUAAGAAAAGGUUCACAACGUGCCGUGUGUAUGUGGGAAUAAAAUAUAUAAUAUAAUGGACAUUGUUCAA